GUUCACGAUGGACCGUCAACACGAACUGCACUUUCUUUAACGCCUCCUUCGCUGGACUCGGAGUCAGAAACAUACGAGUAAACACACUCACGCACACGGACCGCGUCUCGCGAAACUCACACUGAUUCCGGAGCGUCGCGUCGCUCGCGAGGCACCGCGCGCAACUCAGCGACAGCGAGGGGCGUCUCCGCACUUUGAUAAGGGCGAAGUUCGGCGGCGGGGUGGUGCGCGCCUGACUCCCGUGGUCCCCCCAAUCCGGCGGGUGUUAAGAUCCAUGGAAGUGGCCGGUUUUUACGAGGGGGAUUGCUUCGCUCUCCACGGCAGCAAGAACAGCGGCGGUCACGUCGGCGGCGGGGUCUGGAAGCACUCCAUUGGCGCCUCCAUGACGGAGCUGGGCAUCGCGGAGCACGAGAAAGCCAUCGACUUCAGCAUCUACCUGGAGCCCACCGCGCACUUUCAGCAGCAGCAGCAGCAGCAGCAGCAGCGCGAGAGCCUGCACGCGUCGCGCGCCGACGACAUCUUCGCCGAGUUCCUCGCGGAAGAGCACAAAAGCAAGCGGCUCGCGGCUCUGCAGAACUGCAGGAACUACCUGCCCGGGAGCGAGCAGGAGGCGUGCGGCGGCGGCGGCGGCGGCGGCGGCGCUGGCGGGAGGGAGCAGAGCCUCCUGGGAUACCCCGAGCUGCUGGAGACGCGCGUGGACACCGUGUUCAGCCCGCAGCUCCUGGGCGGCUACCUGAAGGCCGGCGGCGAGCGAGCGGAGAAGGAAGACGCGAGGAUGGACAACGGCUCCUCGGGCUACGAGGUGCGACCCUUUCUGCAGUACCAGUCGAACCCGAGCGGCAGCCUCGGCAACAUCUCCACGGCCUCGUCCACCUGCUCGAGCCCGCCCGGGACGCCCGCCCCGCAAGACAAGGGGGGCAGGAGCGCGCAGCCGAACGGAAAGGUGUCCUCGAGCGCCAAGGGGAAGAAGCGCCUGGACAAGGACAGCGAGGAGUACCGGCAGCGGCGCGAGCGCAACAACCUGGCGGUGCGCAAGAGCCGCGACAAGGCGAAGAUGCGCAACAUGGAGACGCAGCACAAAGUGCUCGAGCUCACGGCGGAGAACCACCGGCUGCAGAAGCGCGUGGAGCAGCUGUCGGGGGAGCUGACCACGCUGCGCAACCUGCUCUCCGCCACCGGACAGUGUUAAUGUGCCCGCUCCCGCUCCCACGGCAUGGUACCGAGAACCUCCGACUCAGGCUGGAACUGUGGACAGGUUCGCACCCGUUGGGGAGAGGGGAGAGGGGGGGGGGGACUUCAGGACACACUUUGAAGUGGGCACGCUCUAGCCACGCGCGCCACAGCAGCGCGUGAACUGUUUACAAACGGACGAAGUUCAGCGCGCGCACAACGACGGCGCGCCACUGUGAUUCUUUCUUCGUGUGUGUUGUUUUUUUUUUUUUUUUUUUUUUUUUUUUUUUAAAUUUUUCAUUUUUUUGUACGCGUUUUGCUUUUAAACACACCGAGUAUUAUCAUGUUAUUUAAAUACAUCACCGUUUCCUUCUUUCUUUAAAAAAAA